AUGGGUCAAAUUCUUUCGACACCAAUCACGGAGAAGCACUCGUCUGCAGGCCACGACAAGCGUCAUGCCUACGGAGCAUCUGCCAUGCAAGGAUGGCGUGUCACCAUGGAGGAUGCGCACACCACUCUUCUGGACAUGGAGGAUGAAAAGGGCUGCUCCUUCUUUGCCGUCUUUGAUGGUCACGGUGGUCCUAAUGUGGCCAGGUACAGUGGCGAGGGAUUGCAUGAGAGGAUUGUGGCGGAUAAGGCCUUUGCUGCGGGCGAGUACAGAGCCGCGAUCAAGAAUGGAUUCCUCGAGAUGGAUAGAGCACUCCGCUAUGAUCCUGAAUACGGUAACGACACUUCGGGAUGCACUGCUAUCACCACACUCGUCACCGACAAGAACGUCCUGUUUGUCGCAAAUGCUGGAGAUUCGCGUGCAGUCCUUGGAACUGACGGUCUGGCUACUGCACUUUCGAACGAUCACAAGCCCGUCAACAGAGAGGAAUCACGGAGAAUUGUUGCCGCAGGAGGAUUUGUCGAGUCAGGACGUGUCAAUGGCAGCCUGGCACUUUCUCGGGCGUUGGGAGACUUUGAAUUCAAGACGAACGAAACGUUGGGACCUGAUGAUCAGAUUGUCACCGCAAAUCCUGUGAUUGUAGAGCAUGAGCUGGGAAAGGACGACGAGUUCCUUGUUCUCGCUUGUGACGGCAUUUGGGAUUGUAUGACCUCGCAGGAGGUGGUGACAUUUGUGCGUAAGGGAAUCGCAGACCGGAUCCCAUUGGACGUAAUCUGUGAGAUGACUAUGGACCACUGCUUGGCGGCAGACAGCGAGGCGACGUACAUUGGCUGCGACAACAUGACGAUGGUCGUGGUUGCGUUCUUGCAGGGCAGGACGGUCGAGGAGUGGUACGAGGCUGUGAGCGACCGCGUUGCCGCCAGGGGUGGAGCAGGUCCUCCCCCUGCCCUGGACGGUGAGGUUGCAGUCUUCCGUCCUAAUGGGGAUGAAGACCCUGAGCUCCUUGCUGAAGAGUCUGCUUCUAUCCGUGCCGCCAUCAUCUAA